CAUUAGGCUGCUUUCAUCCUUUUCAAAACUAUUUCGUUGGCGUGCUUUCAAAAUUCUCCAUAACCUUCCAAUGAUGACCUGCUUCCUCAGUCGCUUUCUGGGCCUGGGCAGGUGCGGUCUGCAGGUGCUCGAAAGGCGGAUGGGCCAUUUCAACCAUUGCACCUUGGCCCUGGCCACUCUCGACCUUGUCUGCAUUGUUUGCCUGCUCCAUUACCAACUGGCGCGGCAUGGCCGAGAUCUGUUUUUUUGGUGCGAGGAACUGGACCAACGACUAGUGGAGUACAUGCUAUCUGCAGUCGUAUUGAUGGCCAGCGUUAGUGUGCUGGGCUCGUGUGUGGAUGGCUUUAUCUUCUCUGCCUUGGUUCAGCGGAAAAUGAGUCGGUUUGAUAUGCCGCGACAGUAUUUUGAAGAUCGUUACCGCAGAUUCGUCUUCAUGCGGCUGGUCAGGCAACUAGAGCAGGCUCUCAAAGUGCAGGCUAAGCAGUCUGAGUUGGGCGAAAGAAUGAUGACGCCACUCGCCAAUCUGUUCGAGGCGCAGCAGCUGAUCAAGGAGGCAAUCGAUGAGUUUCGCACAGCGGUGCGAGUCCUACUGUGGCCCAAUCGAUCCGAUGUGCUGGCAGAGGCGUUUGUCCUCUUCCACAUAAGCGAAUCGCAGUUGUCGGAUCUGACACUUCAAGGCUACAGGCUGAACGACGUCGAGGGGGAAGACAUGUCCAAUUCCCGUCUUAGUCAAAUGCUUAACCCACUUUGGUAUUAAAAUUGGUGCUAUAGUUC